CAGUGUCCGGGGCGGGGUCCACCGGCACUUCCGCCGGACGCGCGAGCUCCGGGCCGAUGGAGGCGCUGCGGAGGCCUCGGCUUCGGCUGAGCCGGCGGAGGCUGCCCUGCGGCAGCGGGCCCCCCAGGCCCCGCCCCCGGUCGCCCCCGGACGGCGAGCGCGCGCGGCUGUGGGCCGAGCUGCUGCGCGCGGUGAGCGCGGACGGGGGUGCGGAGGAGCCGCCGCCGCUGCCCGUCUUCCCCGCCGAGGAGCCCGGGCCGGACCCCGCGCGCGCCGCGCCCCCCGAGGAGUUCGCCGUGGGACCCGAGACCUUCUCCUGGACGCCCUUCCCGCCGGCCCCGCGGGGCGCAGGGGGCCCCGGCUGCUCCUACCGGGUGCUCCGCGCGGCCGCCGGGCGCCCGGGGCCCCCCGCCCCGUCCCCGCUAGGAUGUCCCCCGCCGGAGCCCCGCGAGGUGCCCGCGGUGCCCCUGGUGCCCCCGGUCCCGGAGCGGCCGGCGGGGGGCGGGGCACAGGCCCUGCAGAGCUGCCCCCUGUGCCAGGCCGACUUCGCACCCGGGCUGGCCCAGCUGGACAUCGACAGCCACCUUGCCCAGUGCCUGGCGGACAGCACGGAGGACGUGGUGUGGUGAGGCCCCACUGCUCUGCACACAGCCUGAGAGAAAACCGAAGCUGCACAUCAAAACAUGCCACUGUGGCCCGGCCGCACAGCUCAGUGGUUGAGCUUUGACCCAUGAACUAGGAGGUCACGGUUCGAUUCCCAGUCAGGGCACAGGCCCGGGUUGUGGGCUCCAUCUCCAGUGGGCAGCGUGCAGCAGGCAGUUGACAGUGAUUCUCAUCAUUGAUGUGUCUACCUCUUCCUUCCUCUCUGAAAUCAAUUAAAAUAUAUUUCUUAAAA